GCACAGAAAUCAAUUCUUCGGGAAGCAUGGCGGACAAGUCACACAUUCAGAACGACCAAAAUGUGGACAUGAGUUUAUCUGAAGAAGUUGACCCCACGCCAGUUGAACAACCAGAAAGAAAAAUUACUCAAACGGAUCACUUAAACAAAAAACUACUUUCUGCGUUUUUAGACCAGAUCAAUAACAUAGAGGCAGAGAAUCCCGACCGGAAAUUGGAGGAAGCUCAGGGAGAGGGGUCGAAAGACGAGUGGGAGGACAAACAGUGACCAACACGUGAUGGCAAGCCAGAUGGGAAAGGUGCUGGUAAUUGGAAUUAGUGGAACAACAAACAGUGGCAAAUCUACACUAACACGUAACCUGCUGGAUAAACUGCCAAAUGCAGUGUCCGUUUGCCAGGACACCUACUUCUUACCGCCUGGGGAUGAUAGACUGGCGCCCCUUUACAUACAAGAACUUGACCAUCAUAACUGGGAAGAUUACCGGGCCCUUGAAAUGGAAAACAUGGUUGCUGAUGUCUUCAAUCUUUUCAAUCAUUCAGGCAUGGCAAACAAAGGCGACUGUAUUGUCAUUAUAGAAGGAUAUACCAUUUUUGGCUGGCAACCCCUUGCCAAACUGUGUGAUCUCAAGUACUUUCUUCCCAUUGACAGAGAGCUCUGCUGGCAGAGACGACGCUUCAGGAAUUACAAUCCACCCGACAAGCCAGGCUAUUUUGACAAGGUUGUGUGGCCCAUGCAUCUCAAACAUCUUGAGCUUAUUAAAGACGAUCCCAACAUUGUGUAUCUAGAGGACAGCUGCCUAGAAAACAGAGUGUCAAGGAUUCUGGAAGAUAUUAACAAGUGCCUGUGCUCCCAUCAGCAGUAAAAGUAGCAGAGUUGUGCACACCUGUACCAUCACUUGAUCAUCCUAUAUUGAUACAAAAAGUGGUGUUGAUGUCAAGUUAGUGGUGUCUCUACUCACCCCGCCACAGUUACAGUUCUAACAGUUUUGUUGUUGAUGCAUGCUGUUAUAUUUCACAUUCCUUUGUUACACGCCAGUGUUGGUGGUUGGAUUUUACAGUUAUAUAAUGAUAAACAUACUUUAUGAUUGGAGAGUGGUUACAGGUGAAUGCCUUUGCUCUGUAGUUAUACUCAAGUGUUUGACAUUAAAUACAUUAAAAAAUCUGUUGAAGCAACACAAGUGGGAUGAUGAAAAGGCUAUUACACUGUUAUACUAGCUUUGUAUAAAGUUGCAGACUUGAAUAGAGCUUUGUUGCGUGUUAAUUGGUACUAUAAUGAUUAUUAAUUGCAUGUGUAUGACAAAAAUUACAGUGGCAUGCACAAAGCUCAGUAUGUAGGAAUAUAACACACUUUUGUGAACUAAGCUCCUCUUACUGCUUUGCAGAUUUCAGUUCAACUUUGAAUUUGUGAUUUUCCACCUUAGAAGGUUUAUAAAUAUAAAUUUGUGGAUACAAACAUUAGUGUUGAUGAAACACCCUUUGUGUUAAAACAUGUGCCAACAAUCAUGCAUCGAGUCCCUGGUGUCACAACUGACCAUUCCCUAGACGUCCCAUGUUAUAGUUUUUUAAGGAAAUAUAUUUUUUUGUAAACCACUGAGAGGGUCAGUGGUUUAGAUUUGAUGUAAAGGCUUGUUUAGUAAAUAAAGCAAAUAUCUGAAACAACAAGUUUUAUAGUUUUGAUAUUUUGUAAGUUGCAUUUGAUAGAGGUUGUUUACAAGGUAUGAUUUUAUAAUGCCCCUUGGGUCCAGACUGACCACAUCCCUUGGGCCACACCAUAAAGAUAUGUGUAAAUAUUAAUAAUAAUCUGUAACUUACAGGGUUAGUGAUUUAUAUUGGUGUGUAACAUCGUAUACAUCAAGCACAUAGAGUUAAAAUGGCCAUGCAUGUUGCUGUCUUUUUGGCGAAAACGUAAGUGUUAAGUGUUAAAACUUAAGUUGGUUUUGUGUUUUGUGUAUUAUACAUAUUUUUAUUUGUAUAAACAAAUGGAUAUUUUAAUUGUUAA